AUGCAGGCGGAAGAGCUCGCACAAGGGCCCGAGGCGAACACGGCCGCGGUGCACUUCAUCCAGACCAUGCUGGAUGCACGCCGCAUUGCGGCCGAGGACCUCGCGGCGUGGGCGAAGGACAUCGAGAAGAUUGACACCGAGACGAUCGCCAAGCGCCGGUCGCCGAUCCCGACCCAGCCAGCUUCUCAGCCCGCCUGGACGCCGGAUUUUCAGGUCGACCUUCUGAACGAGACGUUGGCCCACGAGAGGCACAAAGCGUCGCUCAAGCAGAUGAAGGUGGAGAAGGAGCUCGAGGAGGCGCGUGCUGCUAUCGCGGCGAGGGACGCCGAGAUCUCCCGGCUCAUGGAGGAGCUCAAGAUCUCCGAGGCACGUAGGGCGCCAGCGCCACAGGCGCCUUCUAGGCCGACGACCCUGGAAGAGGAGGCAGCUGCGGCCGCUAAGCAAGCUCAGUUGGACGCCGACGCUCACUACGAGGCCCUGGUUGUCGACCCAUGGAGAAAGGCCGAGACUGUGGCAGAGGCCUGGCGCUUCUUGAACUGCCCCACCACCACGGACCGCCGGCGUCUCUACGACAGGAUCAACGAGCCAAGUUUCAUCGGGCGGCACAGCCUCCUGGGAAAGUCGUCGGCCAACGCAAAACAGGGUGAGAUGCGCCGAAUGAGGAGGGCGAUGGAGGCCGUGCGCCGCUUCCGCUCGUCAGACGGAGAGGCCGACACCGCCGCCGUCAUCAAGAAACUCGACGAGCUCGCUGCGUCGGGAAUUGUGACCUUCUACGAUGCUCUGAAGAUCAUCGACGCCGACGCGCUUCCGAUAUGCACGGAGGGGAACCUGGGCAUCAAGGGGCUUUCUGAGGGUGAAAAGCCCAAGCUGACGGUUGCUUGGGGACUGGUGGCGGCGGGAUACAUGACGCACAAGUGGGGCGAGGACAUGUUCCCAACCACGUGGGAAGAGCAGAAAGCUGUGGCGGCCCAAGCAGCCGCGGAGCAAGUCGCUGGAAGACCGCCGCCGCUGCCGACGAAGACGUCCAAGCGUCGGAAGCCGGGCUGA